AUUCACAACUCAUUUGUAUCGCACAUUACAGUUGUUUUUCUUAUUGCAUUAAAGUUAGAUACUAGACAACUAUAUUAAAUAAGCAUGUAUAUUAAGGCUCUCUUUGCCUAACAACACUUGAAAUACCAUAUCUUUCUUUUAUAAAAUUAACUUAACAAACACAGCAUCUUCACCAUGAAAACACAAGACAGUUUCCAGAUGGUGGAAUUUCCGGAAGUAGAGGACGGAAAGGUUCUCCGAGGCUAUCAGAUGGGCCGACCGGCCCUCGUCCGGAAAGGCGGCCAGUACCGCAUCUCUUACAGAGGAAUGGGCCAGAAAGGAAAGCGCUUCUUCGGAGACCUUUAUCAGUCGUUGAUCGACAUGAAAUGGCGUUACGUGAUCAUCAUCUUUUGCGGGCUUUUCCUCUUCGUGUACCUGAUGUUCGCCAUCCUGUGGUGGCUCAUGGCCUACACGCACGGGGAUUUCGAGCACUUCGGGGACCCAAACUGGGUACCGUGUAUCAACCUCAUGCGAAACUUCGCAGACGCACUUUUGUUCUCCAUCGAAACACAGACAACCAUCGGCUAUGGAACCAUCUGGCCAGAUGCGAACUGUAUGGGGACCCUCCCGUUGGUGUAUUUGCAAGUAACUGUUGGUUUUAUUCUUGAGACUAUUCUACUUGGCUUCAUGUUGGUGAAAGUUGCACGCCCAAAGAAUAGGAGAAAGACAUUGGUUUACAGCAGUGUAGCAACAGUUGUGAAGGAAGAGGGUGAGCUAGUUCUACAAGUAAGACUUGGUGAUUUGAGGAAAUCCCAUUUAGUUGACACAAAAGCUUAUGGUAUCUUUAUCAAAGACAAAGUGACUGACGAAGGGGUCCACUUCCCCCUUUACCAGCAUCAUAUGGAGUUUACAGCCAACAAAAUGGAUGAUAGGGUGUUUCUGAUCUGGCCCCUUGUUCUUAAUCACAAAAUUAAUGAAGACAGUCCGCUGUAUGACAUGAAACCGGAGGACAUUCUUCAUUCAAACAAUUUUGAAAUAGUGGUUAUUUUAGAAGGAACUAUCGAAUCCACUGGAGAAAUAUGCCAAGCAAGAACGUCGUACACAUCAAAAGACAUAUUGUGGGGUUACAGGUUUGAAAACAUCGUAGAAUUUGACCACGAACAUGGGAAAUGGCGGGCAAAUUUCAAACUGUUUGAUGAUGUAAUAGCAAGUGCCACACCAAAAUGCAGCGGUAGUCAACUUGACUAUCUAACAAAGGGCGGGAGAACAACUUUUGAGCGACAAAACAGCGUUGGGAAACCCACUUUGAGGAAAGCCUAUUCGCACAAAGAGUCUCUCAACACAAAUCUGGUAGAGGACAAGGAAGAAGCAAGCAGUCUGGUGAAGAGUCUUAAGGAAAGCCUAAAGGAGGACAGGUUUUGAAGAUCUCAAUCAUUUGUGAUGUGCAGCAGCCGCUGACGGGGAUAUGGCCAGCAUCCUUUCUUUUAGAAAUGUGUAAAUGAACAUAUUGUGUCUGUAUUAAAAUGUAAAUAUGUG